AUGGCUUCCUCCUCGUCCAACGUCGUCGGUGUGCACUACCGUGUCGGCAAGAAGAUUGGCGAGGGCUCGUUUGGUGUCAUUUUCGAGGGCACAAACCUGCUGAACAACCAGCAGGUCGCCAUCAAGUUUGAACCCCGGAAGAGCGAUGCUCCCCAGCUACGAGAUGAGUACCGGACGUACAAGAUCCUCGUCGGUUGCCCCGGCAUCCCGAACGUGUACUACUUUGGCCAGGAAGGCCUGCACAAUAUCCUGGUCAUCGACCUGCUCGGUCCUUCACUAGAGGACCUGUUUGACCACUGCAACCGGCGGUUCAGCAUCAAGACGGUGGUCAUGGUCGCCAAGCAAAUGCUGUCCCGCGUCCAAACAAUUCACGAAAAGAACCUCAUCUACCGUGAUAUCAAGCCCGACAACUUCCUCAUCGGCCGCCCCGGCACAAAGGCCGCCAAUGUCAUCCACGUCGUCGACUUCGGCAUGGCCAAACAGUACCGCGAUCCCAAGACGAAGCAGCACAUCCCCUACCGCGAGCGCAAGUCUCUGUCCGGCACCGCCCGCUACAUGAGCAUCAACACCCACUUGGGCCGUGAACAGUCCCGUCGUGACGACCUCGAAGCCCUUGGCCACGUCUUCAUGUACUUUUUGCGCGGUGGCCUGCCAUGGCAAGGCCUGAAGGCUGCGACCAACAAGCAAAAGUACGAGAAGAUUGGCGAGAAGAAGCAGACCACCAUCAUCAAGGAGCUCUGCGAAGGCUUCCCCAUCCAGUUCGAAAAGUACCUCACCUACGUCCGCAACCUCGGCUUCGAGGACACCCCCGACUACGACUACUUGCGCGACCUAUUCACCCAGGCCCUCAAGGAGACGGGCGGCGUCGAGGACGGCGAGUACGACUGGCUCAAGGUUGGCAAGGAGUCGUCCAAGAAGACCGACUGGGACCGCCUGCACAACCCCAACCAGCGUCCCGGCCCCUCCAACAUGGAACUGCACGCCAACUCCCGCGGUGGCACCGGCACCCCGCACGCCGGCGACCCUCGUGCCCGUCUGACCGCCGACCGUUUAAACGCCGCCCAGCCCCCGCCUCCUUCGCCGAUCAAGCAGAACCCCAGGAAAGAUCGGCAAAACGCCCCCGUCGCCGCCCUGGGCGGGAGGGGCAGCGGAGCCGGGGGUCUUCGGGAUAUGGCGACACCGACGGGUUCUACGCAGGCGCAGUUCCAAAACAGCUCCCAGAACCUGCCUCGCCCCAUGCAUAGCCAGCAUGGUGGCCUGCAGGCACAGCAACAGCAGGCCGCUGCUGCUCGUGCCGAGCCCCAGCCGUCGGGCUUCUCCAAGUUUAUGAAGUCCUUCUGCUGCUGCUAG